CGGCACCCUAGGCUGCGCUCGGUUCGGAGGCGCUCUGUGGAGGCUGUGGCAGCGACGGGCGCCAGGCCGCCCCGGGGCCGGCGGAGGCGGCCGCUGAGGGGAGCGUGAAGAGGCAGCGGCGGCCCGGGGAAUGUGAGGCGGCACGGAGCGGGAGAGACGAGCCGGGGUGGGAGCGCGAGCCGCGGCUGCCGUGCCUCGGACGAGCCGCGUGCCUCUCUCGCCUCAGCGCGCGGCCGCCAGGAGCUGGGGGCUGGGUGCCGGGGACCGCGCGGGGCUGGGUUCUCUGAUUCAUUCAUUCUCCGCCGUCUGAAGCCCGAGGCCGCCGGUGCUGCGAGGAGAGGCGGGAAGAGGGGGCGGCCGCGAGCGGGGCUCCAUUGUGCUCGGCGGGGGCCGGGAAACCGAGGGAGGUGGGCUUGGGCCCCCUGCGCUGCUCCCCGGCGGCCGCUGCGCCCCCAGCUAAGCGCCAGCCUGGAAAUGGCUCCGCUGAUGCUCUUGGAGAGAACGAAUCGAUCCUUCCCAGCCUUCUCUGCCUGCUCUCCACCUCCUCUCUGCUCCGAGUCUUAGGAGGACGAACAUUGAAAGGACGGAUUCCGAUGUGGUGUGCCGUGCACAUCGCGAGCGGCCGGGCUUUGCACUUCGAGAUUUUUUCUAUAUGAUUUUUUUUUUUUUUAAUGUCAGCGAAGGGAGACAGGGGCAUUGCUGCCUCUAGGAUUUUUUAUUAAAGUGCACGUCGCGUUGGUUUGCACGCUCCACCCCUAGGGACCUGGUGUGGUGAAAUUUGAACCCACCGCCUUAGCCCUGAGAAGGCCGAGUUACCUGGCUCCCUGGAGUGGCGAGGGGGACGUGAGCGAAAUGACCAGCGAACUCGUUUUUUAUAAGACUCGGUGAAGCUGGAUUUUGUGUUUUCCUUCAUGCACAUAUGGAUUUUGUGGAGUAGUUGAGUGCUGUAUUCUCCGCGCAACCUUUUCAAAUUCCAAAUAAGCAAAUGUUUGAACGUUUUGGUAUCGGCGCGAGUGAAAUCCUUUUGCCGACAAGAACUAACUGAACAGUCAGCAUCGUUGAGUUACCUCCGGAAAAGAUCUCGGGGGUUGAAAAGCAACUGCAAAAUAACAGACGGAGAAAAUUCCUUGGAAGUUAUUUUUGUAGAAACUUCAGAGCAAGUUUUCAUUGGGCAAAAUGGGGUACCCAUAUGUAACUGCUGUGAUUUCAUGAUGGCAUGAAAUGCAUGGCAGUGUCAUCCAGAAGACAUUUUAUAGCAUCUCUUCCCUGUCCCGGGGCUCUUCACAUUCUUUCCACUUUGGGAACAACCUAUCUUCAGUACUCGAGCUCAUGUCUUCCAGAUUGACCCAAACACUAAGAAGAACUGGGUUCCUACCAGCAAGCAUGCAGUUACUGUAUCUUAUUUCUAUGACAGCACAAGAAAUGUGUAUAGGAUAAUCAGUUUAGAUGGCUCAAAGGCAAUAAUAAAUAGCACCAUCACUCCAAACAUGACAUUUACUAAAACAUCUCAGAAGUUCGGCCAGUGGGCUGAUAGCCGGGCAAACACUGUUUAUGGACUGGGAUUCUCCUCCGAGCAUCAUCUUUCAAAAUUUGCAGAAAAGUUUCAGGAAUUUAAAGAAGCUGCUCGUCUUGCAAAGGAGAAGUCACAGGAGAAGAUGGAACUGACCAGUACACCUUCACAGGAGUCAGCAGGAGGAGAUCUUCAGUCUCCUUUAACACCAGAAAGCAUCAAUGGGACAGAUGAUGAAAGAACACCUGAUGUGACACAGAACUCAGAGCCAAGGGCUGAGCCAGCUCAGAAUGCAUUGCCAUUUUCACAUAGUGCUGGGGAUCGAACCCAGGGCCUCUCCCAUGCUAGUUCAGCAAUCAGCAAACACUGGGAGGCUGAACUAGCUACUCUCAAAGGAAAUAAUGCCAAACUCACCGCAGCCCUGCUGGAGUCCACUGCCAACGUGAAACAAUGGAAGCAACAACUUGCUGCGUAUCAGGAAGAAGCAGAGCGGCUGCACAAGCGGGUCACUGAGCUUGAAUGUGUUAGUAGUCAAGCAAAUGCUGUGCACACCCACAAGGCUGAGCUAAAUCAGACAGUACAAGAACUGGAAGAGACACUGAAAGUGAAGGAAGAGGAAAUAGAAAGAUUGAAACAAGAAAUCGAUAAUGCCAGAGAACUCCAAGAACAGAGGGACUCUCUGACUCAGAAACUACAGGAAGUCGAAAUUCGGAAUAAAGACCUGGAGGGGCAGCUGUCUGACCUGGAGCAGCGCCUGGAGAAGAGCCAGAGUGAGCAGGAGGCUUUCCGCAGUAACCUGAAGACACUCUUAGAAAUCCUGGAUGGAAAGAUAUUUGAACUAACAGAAUUACGAGAUAACCUGGCCAAACUACUGGAAUGCAGCUAAGGAGAGUAAAUUUCAGUGCCAAUUGAUGAAAAGAUACUGUCUGUCUUCGUAGGACUGUUUGGGCUUUGCACCAAGAUUGCACAAAAUUUUUUGAAUAUCAUCCCUCCAGGAGGAGGUGUUUUGAAAAUUGGAAUUGUAUAUUUCAGUAUAAAUUUUAGAAUUUAGCUUGUAGCUAGUUGGGGAAAAAAAAAGACAUGAAAAACUUGAACUACAAAUUACCUCCAUGUAUAUUGGCCAUAGUUAACUGGAAAGUUCUAAGUAGACACUUAAUGCAAUCUUUCCCCCCUGAUAUUAGCUAAUGGGAGAAUUAACAAUGUCUGGGUCCUUUCUUCUUUAUUUUGUUCAACACAGUGAAGAUUAUCUGCUUUUUAAAUUAAUUUAUGAUAUCUACAGCUGUGUUUUGUGCAAAAAUUUAGUAAUGAAAGCCCUGUCUUUUGUUGUUAUCUGAAUAAUUUCUCAGGAUAUUUUUGCACUGCUGAGAAGCAGGGCCAUUACCAAUUAAUUCUUGCCAGGUGUGGGAGAGAGGUACAUCUUCAAUUGGAAAUCACAGAAAUGGGUGUCUGGAGUUCUUCCUUUUUUACUGGGAGUGUUUUCACUCUGUGACUACUCUGGUACACUCUACUGUUCUCCAAUCUUGUCUGCUGUAUAGUUUACUUUUCCAUAUUGAUUCAUGUAUUUAUGAGAAGAUACUGUCUCCCAUUUUAUUACACAUUUUAAAGCCAAUUAAACAAAGGCAGCUGAGUCCCUCGGAUAUUUUUCUUUUUAAAUUUAUAGUAAAUUUGACACACAGAACUGAAAUACAGCAGUCCGUCCUUGGCGGUUUAGGCUAGCAAUGUUAAGUAUCUUUACAGAAAAUAUGCAGUUACACUUAUUUAUAUAUUUGGCAAGAAAUCUUUUUUGAGUGAUCAAUGAAUUUCAAUUUACGAGAAAUCAUGGCUAUGGGGGCACUGUUUAUUAUAGAUAACUUUAAGUCAAAUAGCUGAUUUCAAGGAGGUCCACUUCCACCUAGCAGCCAAUCAGAGGACUGUGUCUAAAUUGUGACCGUGGCAGAUGGGUCUUCACCGAAACCAUGUCUUUAUUCAAACUUCACAAGGCAAUAUUUUGAACUGUUAACUAGGCAUUUCAAAACGGGAAAUACCUUCAGUAGUUUCUUCUCGGAGAGCUAGUUUUAGUGUUGUUUUGAUGUAAUUUUAAGACAUUUAGCAAACAUGCAUUUCUUUAUAUGAUACAUUUCUUUAACAGAGCUAUUUUAAUAGCAAGCCAAGUGCUGUCUGCUCUGCCCGAGUAGGGAUUGCAUCAGAAUGCAUAUAUUCUUGCUGUACAAUGCCUGUGAUUUUGAAGAGCGUUCUUUUCAGUGGAUGCUUGAGUACCUGACUCCGGAGUCAAUGAAUGCACUGGUUUUUUGUUUGUACCCCCAAAUGAUUGAAUUUUUAAGUAUAAAUCAAGCAGAUUAACCCAUUUUUUCCACUCAUAAACAGAUUCUUAGUACUAGUUUUGUUUUAUAUUUAUGUGUAUGUAUGUAAAUACAUACAUAUAUAUCAAUUUAUAUUAUAGUGAGAAGUAAAUGGUUUAUUUCUAAAGUUAGUUUCUACAGUGAGGUAUCUCUAAAAAAUCUGUAUCAGACACACAUAUAAUCAUAUGUCCUAUAACACCACGUCAGUCAUCCCCAUCUAUUUUAGGGUAUUUUCCUUAUCUGUUUGUUAUAGAGAGAAUAAUUUAGGUACACAUGCUCAGAGCUGAGAUAUUUCUCUGAUAAAUCAGGUAAUAAAAUUUAUUUGAUGGACAGAAUUUUGAAAACAGAUAUGAUUUUAUCUAUGAGUUUCUGAAUAUCAAAGAAUACCAGGUUUUAAUUUAAGUAGAGGAUUAACACUAGGGAUCAGGGAAUUUAGUUAUGAAGAGUUUAAAAAAAUCUUAAAAAAAGAAAAAAAAAACAGUGUAAGCUGUUGAUAUGGUAAGGGAAUUAUUUUAAUGAUGUAAUAAAAUAUUUUUAAAUUUUG